CAUAAGUAAAUUUAAUUUCAAUCAAAUUCGAUAAUAAUGCAUUUAAUUAUUUAUUUAAGUUAUCUUAUAAGUGGUUUACAUUGGGCGAACGCCGCUAUCAACGGUUCGAAUGUAAAUAAUUAUUCAACGCAAAUUAACUGUAAAAAGAAUUACAUUAAAGUUGAACUUAAUUUAAACGAUUCCAUCAGCAAUGCAGACAUCUAUUUAGAGAACUUGAAGGAUUAUCCCGUAAAAGAUUGUCAAGCUAUUAAGGAAGGCAAUCGAAGAAGUUUUCAGUUCAAUUUAAAAGAUUUCCAUCAAUGCGGUCUCACAAAAUCCAAAAACUUAUGGACCGGUCUCACUACUUAUUCCCAUAGGAUUGUUUUGGAUUAUUUAAACAAUACUCAGGAAUUUGUUUAUUUAAAUUGCACUUAUAAAUCUUUGCCGAAGAAACAUCAUAUAAUUAAACGUGAUUUGCUACCGGAAGGUUUCGUAGAGGAUGAAGAUUUUGAAUUAACGGACACUUUAGUGCAACAGGCCCCGGAACCGGAAGUUCUAAUGCAAAUUAAACAAAACAAUGAAAUAGUGACAGGAAAUUUGACUAUAGUCUCUGGCACUCCUUUGCUCAUGGAAAUUAAGCUAAAUGAAGAAUCCGCCAAAAUUUAUGGUUUAAAAGCGAAUUUUUUAGAAGUUGGCAACACGCUAGAAUUGAAUGAAACCAUUCUAUUUAAUGGCUGUACAGUUGAUCCAUAUUUGUUCGAUAAUUUUAAUUUAACUGAAAAUGAGUAUUUACUGGCGAAAUUUCGUGCCUUCAAAUUUCCCGAUUCAUCUUAUGUACAAUUUCGAGCCAACGUACAAAUAUGCCUGAAUAAAUGUCAACCGACUCAAUGUUCCAACGGGCAGACGGCUUAUGGACGUCGCAGAAGACGUGAACUGAGACGACAAGCAUAUGAAAUAUCUUUAAAUACUUUAUUACAAGUAAAAGACCGAACGGAUAAUGAUGAUAAUAAAGCCAUACAUGAGGAGCUACAGAAGCAUCUGAAAGACUUAAGAGUUAAAAAUUUAUUCUUAAAACAUUGAAAGCGAAUUUUU